CGACCUACCGACAACCCCUCGCGCGCCCGGCCAGCUGAGAAGAUCCUCGCGCAAGGGAGGUGAUCCAGGAUUUGAGAAGAGCAGAGGACGGGAGGACAUCACCCACAAAGCUCGACCACCAUGCAGACACUCGGGGUCCCUUUUUUGCUGUUUUGGCUUAUCUGGGGCCACUCCUGCGCUCUCGGCGGAAAAGUGAACAAGCACAAGCCGUGGAUAGAGACAUCGUACCACGGUGUGAUCACAGAGAACAUGGACACGGUGCUGCUGGACCCUCCUCUGGUGGCUCUAGACAAGGAUGCCCCGGUGCCCUAUGCUGGGGAGAUUUGUGCCUUCAAGAUCUAUGGUCAGGAUGUUCCAUUUGAGGCGGUGGUGUUGAAUCGCACAUCGGGAGAGGGAGUCCUGAGGGCCAGUGGCUCUGUGGAUUGUGAGAUCCAGAAAGAGUACACCUUUAUAAUCCAGGCCUACGACUGUGGGGCCGGACCCAGCGGUGCUGACUGGAAGAAAUCCCACAAGGCGGUGGUUCACAUCCAGGUAGAUGACGUUAAUGAGUUCUCGCCUGUGUUUCGGGAGCCACUGUACAAGGCGUCAGUAAUAGAGGGCAAGAUCUACGACAGCAUUCUGCAGGUGGAAGCAUGGGACCAGGACUGUUCACCACAAUACAGCCAGAUCUGCAACUAUGAAAUUGUCACUGCAGGGACGCCAUUUGCCAUAGACCGCAAUGGUAACAUCAGAAAUACAGAGCGACUGAGCUAUGACAAGCAGCAGAGCUACAAGAUAAUGGUGACAGCCUUUGACUGUGGUCAGAAGAGAGCUAAGGAGGAUGUGGCUGUGCAUAUUGAUGUCAAGCCUAUUUGCAAACCUGGAUGGCAAGGUUGGAACAAGCGUGUGGACUAUGAGCCAGGGACUGGGAGCAAGCAGCUGUUCCCCAAGAUGCACUUGGAGACCUGUGGCGGUCCCUUGUCUGGCGUGAGGGCGAUGGUGGAGCUGCAGACCAACCACAUCGGGAAGGGCUGCGACCGUGAAACGUACUCUGAAAAGUCUCUGCAAAAACUCUGUGGUGCGGCAUCGGGCAGCACCGACCUCCUUCCUGCCCCCAGCCCUUCCACAAACUGGACGGCGUCUCUGCUGACUGACAGCGGGCGAGACAGCGACCUCAUCUACAGAUUCGACGGGCGUCAGGCUGCCAAUGUUCCAGAUCACGUGGUGCCCCAAAACCUGACAGACCAGUUCACCGUGGCAACCUGGAUGAAACACGGGCCCAGUCCAGGACUCAGAGCUGAGAAGGAAACCUUACUUUGUAACUCUGACAAGACAGAGAUGAACCGCCACCAUUACUCUCUGUACGUCCACAACUGCCGCCUGGUGUUCCUGCUCAGAAGAGAUUUCACUCAGGUCGACACUUUCAGACCUGCCGAGUUCCACUGGAAACUGGAGCAGAUCUGUGACAAGGAAUGGCACUAUUAUGUGAUCAACGUAGAAUUUCCUGCAGUGACACUCUUUGUGGAUGGUGUGACCUAUGAACCCUACCUGGUGACGGAUGACUGGCCGAUCCACACCUCAAAGAUUGAUACGCAGCUGACUGUGGGUGCCUGCUGGCAAGGUGGUGAGGUAGCGACCCCGAGGUUCACCCAGUAUUUCCAUGGCAGCCUGUCAGGUCUGACAAUCCGACCAGGCCGCAUUGAAACCCAGAAGGUUAUCUCCUGUUUGCAGGCCUGUAAAGAAGGCCUUGAUAUUAACUCCCUUGAAAGCCUAGCUAAGGACAUCAAGUUCCAUUUUAACCCUGCCCAGUCUGUGCUGGUGGUUGAAGGAGAGGAUGUGGACAGCAUCAACACAGCCAUAACCAAGGUCUCCUACAUCAACUCUCGCCAGUUCCCCACACCAGGCCUCCGACGGCUACACAUCACCACCACAGUGCAGUGUUUCGGGGAGGACACGUGUCUUUCCAUCCCAGACAUCAAGGCAGUCGUUAUGGUGCUGCCGCCCAGUGAACCGAGAAUCACAAUUACAGGAUCUAAUCGACUCGUCAGGCCUGCCAGUGACCUGCAGGGCCCGCUGGGUGUGGCACCCUUCAAAGAGCUUCACAUCACCAGCACCGUAAUGAAGGGGGACAGCUUCAGUGGAUUCCACAGGCCAGGUGUGAUGGAGGUGAUGCAUAACCUGGACUACUGUGACAUCCUGGUAAUUGGAGAGGAACUGAAUCCUGAGAGAGAGAGUCUGGAGAUUCAUCACAACGCUUUGUUGGGAAAACACCUGGAUGCCACCAACUCCACCUCUGGAAUUUCAAUAUAUGGUGUGGACUCCAUGGCCCACUAUGAGCAGGCACUGAGACAGGUGCGCUACAAGAACUGGCGACCCGCCACCCUGAGUGAUAGAAGGUUCAGACUCACCUGCUCUGAGCUUAACGGACGUUACACAAGCAACGAGUUCAAUUUGGAGGUCAGUGUUCUUCACCACUCAGCGCCUGUGGAGCAUGUCAAUCAUAUGGCAGCCCAGUCCCAGUACAUGAGACCUGUCCAUCACCCACUCAUGAUACACACUUUCAACUCGCACAUGUCAGGCACAGCACCUCCAGCAGCCACAGUAGUUAUCGUGGUUUGUAUUGCCGCCCUGGUUGUGAUUGUGGUGAUCGGCGUGUACAGGAUCCACACCACACAUCAGGAGGGGUCCAGAGAGGAUGAGGACGAGGUGAAGGACCCUGAGGACUGGGACAACUCUGCUCUCACCAUUACCGUCAACCCCAUGGAGAACAUAAAAGGAGCUCAGGCGCUGGAUGGAGGGGUAAAAGAAGAGAACCGGGAGGAGGAGGAAGACGAAGAGGAUGAAGAACAGGUGGGAGGAAUGACAAGUGCUGAGUCAGACAACAGUGAUGAAGAUGAGGAAGAAGAAGAGGAGAGAGAAGAGGUGAAGAAGAGGAAGCAGAGGGGAAAACUUGAGUGGGACAGUUCCUCCUUAACAUACUGACCACACACAUAUAAACAUAUACAUACAUAUACACAACACUCUGCAAGUUUGUCUCUCUCACUCCCUCUCACUCUCUAUCAACCACACACACACACACACACACACACACACACACACACACACACACACACACACAAAACACACACAUCGUGCAGACAUUCCUUUAUGCUCGCUACAGGUACAUACACACACUCGAACAAAAUCUCAGAUAAAAUUAUUUGCAAUCCGCUGCAGGAAGCAACACUUUAAAUCAGCCCACGUUGUCAUUGUUAAUGAAACAUCUCCCUCUGCUGGACAAAGUCAGAACUACAGAAUCAGCCGCAGUCCCACAGUGCUGGAACAGUGUCUGUACUCACAUUAUUAUUCACAUCACAGUCAGUGAGGCAGAGCAAAAUAUAUCAAACAAACACAGCUUUCUCAUUAUGUGUGCAGAAUUAACCAGAGUUUUGCGGCUAAUAUUGAAUCUCAAGAAUGAAAUCUUAAAUAUGGCGACACAAAUAUAAACACAAGGAUGGUGUGAGCUUUUAUUAUUUAAUAUGUGCAAUUAUAUGUGUCCUCAGAUUACUUUUUUAUUGUUUACUUUUUAAACAGGUUAUCUGAAAGAUGGUGAAUUAAUAACAAAAUUAAAAGCGAGAUGUAUCCAUAUACAUAUCCAUUAAUAAAUGUAUCCAUAAACCUUUUUAAUAUAAUUCCUUCAGCCUAUAUAGUAGGUAUAACAUAGCUGUGUUGUCACUGAGUGUAAAUCCUCUGUUCUCAUCUUUAACUCAAACCAGACACCUUUCUGUCCUUAAAAUCUGUGUGAUCCGUUCUGAGUGUCUCUAAACACAUCGCAGUGCUGUGGUUCUGUGGCCUGGAAAGAGAAACACAUUCUCUCUCUCUGUUGCUCUCUCACAUAAACGCUCCACAUUUGUCCUGUUUAACGUACAAUACAAAGCAGAAUUAUUAACUGUUAAUAUCUUUCACUUUCGGUUUCUUAGGAGGAUUUUAAACUAAAAUAAUCUCUUAUCUGUCAUCUUAAAGCCAAGUGAAAAAGUUGAUCGGGGUUAAACUGCUCAUAGAAACAAAAAGGUUGAUGGCGUUCAAAGCGUUUGCAUCUUUGUCCUCUAACAUAUCUAUCCAAACUGUGGCCUAAUAUAGCCUUUGCUGUUUAGGGUUAGAUAACUUAUCUUUCUUUUUUCAGCAUAUGAAAUGAUACAGAGAUGUUACUAUAUGUUAUUGAAAUCCUGUUAGCCCUCUAUGCAAUAUGGGCCCAGUAAAAAGUCCAGUACUCAGAAACUGGGAUACUCCAGCAAUUUAGUGUUGCAGAGGCUGAGAUAUCCUGACCUGACUUUUAGUGCCUAGUAUGGUUCAAUCUCCAAAAAUGCCUGAUCUUGCUCUACCCGUAAUGCAACUCAAUUGCAUCUCUUCUUAUAGAACCUGCUGAACAUUUAAAUUCAUCUGUGGCACAAACCUGUAGUUCUUAAGUAGGACUAAGUGUAACAUAGCAGCAAUAGCUUACAAUCUCUGUGCAGUGCAGACCUGCAGCAGAGCUGAGAUGCUGUGGCUUCUUAAUGUGACAUGGCUCAGCACCUCUGCUAGUGCGUCCAUCAGACUCAGGACAGUUUCCUGGGCACACCAAAACCACUGACGAUGCCCUCACUAUUUCCAACACAUUACUGCGGUCUCUAAAAACUCUUCCCCCUCUCAUUUCUCUCCACAGCAUUCUUAGAAAACCACAGAUCAUGAGCCACGUUUCUGUCCUUUUGUCACUUGGUGUCGCUGAUUUGCAGGUGUCACCCAUUGUUACCAUGGAAACAUGGCUCUUAGUGGUGUUUAACAUUUUGGGCUUUAAAUAAGUCUUUAUUUCUGUCUUUAAUCAGUCUUUAUUUUUGUGAAACAUCUAAAUUGCAUUAAUGUAAUUUAAUUUAAGGAAAUUUUAGACUGACCUAACACUACAGAUCAGUCUCAACACCUCCGGAUUGUAACACAGGCUUUAUGUUUAAAAUAAAAAGUCUUAUGUUGAAGCAACGAUAACCCUGAUUACAUUAUCUGGGUUAUAUUCUCUGACUUGACAAACCCCCUCCAGAGCCACAGAGGACAUUAUACCACUGUUUUCACUGAGUCGUACAGAUCUUCAUGUGUUAAAAAUCCCACACAGAAACUUUGAUAAACUUUGCUGGAGAAAAUAAGCAAAGCAGAAUAAUUGUUUAUUUUACUUCAAAACAUGGAAACUUCACUAAUAUCAACUCCAUCUUGUACCAUCAUUAAAACAGAUGAAGAAAAUCAGCUCAGACAAAAUCCCAGUUCGAUCUCACAAGUUUAUCUUUAUUCAAACAAUCUAAAAGAAACUCCAUAUCCCUUUGACAUUCGCUGCUCCACUCAGAGAAAUCACCUCUCACCUGGUCCAGUAUGGGUGACUAUUCCUCCCUCUGAGCUCUCUAAAUGAUACGUCUCCUGUUCACCUUUCCCUCCCUCUGUUGGCCUUGAAGCACCUGUGAUUGUGAUGUCAUCAUUGUGAAACAACUGCCUUGUUUCCCUUGUCCCCCCUUUGUCAUAUUGUGCUUCUGAAAGAUUAAAGAGAAAAAAGAUUCUUUUACAUAUAAAAACAAACCCUGUAAAAAUGUUCAAGACAGUUAUUUUAUACUGUAUAUCCGUUUCUUUUUCUUUUUGUAAACAAAAUGGUUGGGAUCUCUCUCUCUUUAGUGGUCAUCCCACUGCUUUCUGUAUAUUGACCAAUAAAGACUUGUUUUAGACUCUA